UUUCAAUUGUCCCGCCGCAUCCCCCCCGGAAGACGCGCGAUGGCCACCCGAUCGUACGCACCUCUGCUCCUCGUCGUCGCUCUUGCUGCAACGCUGUCAGCCUCGAGCGAAGCCGCCUCCGCGCACAUCCACACGCAUCAGCACAACAAAGUCGACAGCAAUGAGAGGACGGAGGACGGUGCUUUCAGUCCCCGCGAUGCUGACCACUACGCCGAGGGCGAGCACCACCAGGAGUUUGAUCAUGAAGCCAUCCUAGGAAGUGUAAAGGAAGCAGAGGAAUUUGACAAACUUCCAAUAGAAGAAUCAAAGAGGAGAUUAGGGAUUUUACUUACCAAAAUGGAUCUGAAUAAUGACAAGUAUAUAGAGAGAAAUGAACUGAAAGCCUGGAUCUUGCGUUCAUUCAGCAUGCUGUCUGCAGAAGAAUCUGAGGAUCGCUUGAACGACGCCGAUACGAAUGAAGAUGGUAAAGUGAGUUGGGACGAGAUUCUGCAGGACACUUAUGGCAGUGAUCCUGAGGAUCUAGCUAUCGAUGAUAAAUUGAUCGAAGAUGACAAACAGACGUUUGAGGCUGCCGAUUUAAACAAAGAUAGUUAUUUAGAUCCAGAGGAAUUCAAAGCUUACACACAUCCUGAGGAGACACCUAGAAUGUUUCCACUCUUGCUGAACCAAGCAUUGGCUGACAAAGAUAUAGAUGGAGAUGGAUAUAUUAAUUUCCAGGAGUUUAUUGGUGACAGAGCCAGAUCAAAGGAUAAGGAAUGGUUGAUAACCGAAAAAGAUAAAUUUGAUUAUGAACAUGACAAAGAUGGAGACGGUAGACUCGAUUCGGAUGAAAUUCUUUCUUGGCUUGUUCCAAGUAAUGAGGAAAUAGCAAAUGACGAAGUGGAUCAUUUAUUCGCUCGUUCAGAUGAUGAUCAUGAUAAUAGAUUGUCCUAUAACGAGAUUUUGGAUCAUCAUGAUGCUUUCGUAGGUAGCGAAGCGACAGACUAUGGUGAUCAUUUACAAGAGAUUGAUCGUUUCAGCGAUGAGCUUUGAGAAUUAAUAAUCAACAAUCAUUGACCAGAUAAUAUUGUAUUAUCUUUCACGAUACUCAUUGGAGAUGUGUAUGAUUGAAAAUAUUUUUAAUACACUGCUCAAGACAGAAUAACAAGACCAUCCUUUUAACGAAUUCUAUAUAUGAAUCCAAACGCCAAGUAUUAAAAAAAAUAAAAUGCUAUAUUUGUAUAAGCCCGUUAUUGAAAAAUCAUCCAAAUAUCAAAAACUAUGAAUAUAAGAACAUAUUAGAAUGUAAGAAAAAUAUUCCAAAUAUAUACUAUAUUUACUAAAUCACGAAUUUAAGAAAAUGUUUUAUUAAUUGUUUUGAGCAGUAUAUUUAUUAAUAUUUUUGCUACAUCCUUCUCUUUUAACCCUUAAGUAUUUGUUUUAAUCUAUUUAUGCAGUCAUUAGAAUAAAUUUUUAUUAAUGACAAAUCAAACAUUUAAGACUAAUGAAAUUUGUCGUAUCUUAUUCGUUUAUGACGAUUUGUAGUAUAGCACUACACGAGCCAUCGUCUUCCACUUUUUACCAAACAUGAGUGCCAUAGUAGAGAAUGUGGAGAAGAAAAAUUUAUUAGACAAAAAUAGGUCUUAUAUUUCUUAUUGCAAUUAUAUAUAGUGCGUUAUUAAGUUUCAAUUCCAUCAAUGUAAUAUUGUGCACACACACACACACACACAACACAUUAUGUAAAAAUGUAUCGAAAAAGUGUUACAUGUUGAGAAAAUAUGUUCACUAAAUAUUUUCAAAAUGUUUUUUUUCGACAACCUGUAUGUAUGUAUGUCAUAUGUAAAACACAAUUUUUUUCUUGAUAUAAUUACAAAUUAAGGUAGUUUUUGUAGAUAACAUGAGCAUGUGCAAUAUUCAUAAAACAGGUUAUCGAUAAAUAAUAUACAUAUUAAUUUGUAAUAAAAUAUUUUAACAAUUUCA